GUGGUCAGUCACUGGAGACUGAGGAUGACUCGCAACCCUUGUCCAAUGAUUUUCUCAGCAUUCCUGCUUUUCUUUUUGUGUCUCUCAGUCACUGGAGACAGACAAAAGAAGUUGAAACAUCAUGAGGAAAUAGAAGGCACAAGCCCUGAAACUGUAGCAGUCGAGUCACAGAUUCCAGACCGUUCCGUUUCUUCGCAUGACCGAAUUUCUGAGGUGUGUCUACAGCAGAAUCACACGUAUAAAUCAUGUCAGAAAGUCUUCUGUCAACCCUGGGAAAAGUGUAUUCGUGACUCAUGUCAGUGCAAGAUACCCUAUCAAUGCGUAAGGGUUGGAGAACCCAGCUGCUCUACAAAACCACGUCGCUUCAUGUCAUACUGUCAGCUGAAAGCGUCUGAGUGCUCCCAGGACAAGUAUAAAUUCUCUCAUUUUGGGGACUGCUCAUUGGGUCAGGCCGCUGUCUCUUUGGAACCUCAAAAGAGCUGGAAAGGAAUUGUCUACUUCAGUUUCAACAACACAAUACAGAAUGUUUCAGUGUGCACGCAAGGUAACCCGUGGACAAUGCAUGAAGCCAAUGUUGUCUGCCGCGAGCUGGGAUUCGAGUUAGGAGCAAUAGCACCUUCAGCAGGAAGUUCUUUUGGAAAUAAAAUCACAACUGGGCCCAUGGUGAACUGGACUAACGCUCGCUGCCGAGGAUUUGAGAAGAGUCUUUCAGAAUGUUUUCACCUCAAAGAUAUUGGAGACCGUUCGAUGCAAUGCGCAACCAAAGACAUUGCUACCGUCGAGUGUCACCGUCAUCGACCAGAUCCAAUCUGCCCUACAGACCAAUUUAAAUGCGUAAAUGGAAAAUGUAUUCCAGUCACGAAUGCUUGCAAUGGCAUCGAUGACUGUGGGGAUCUCAGUGAUGAAUUAUGUUGCACAGAAUGUGUAAAUUCUUAUCACUGCAAGUCAGAUGUAUGUAUUCCGUACUAUUCUGUUUGUGAUGGUGAAGAUCACUGCUUGGAUGGAAGUGAUGAGAGCCACUGUCCAGCAGAUACAAAAGACAUUUCAUUCACAGAAUACGAUGCAGAAAGAAAGCUAUUAAGGGAUUCCUCUGACCAUUUAUUCUGUGGCAUCGCAAAUAUUACCAGAAAAACAAAUUUUGCCACAGCGAGACAUAAAAGGCUUGUAGGUGGAAUAGAUACUAUGCAAGGCGAAUUUCCUUGGCAAGUAGCAAUUUACAAACAGGGCCAAUUAAACUGUGGGGGGAGCUUCAUUGGUGGUUGCUGGUUUCUGACAGCUGCACACUGUGUCAGUACUCACAAUAUUGCUAACUAUCAAGUAAGAAUUGGACAAUGGAGUAUAAGAGAUGUUGAUAAGAAUGAGCAAGUUUUGGAAGUCGAAAAGAUAAUUGUCCAUGAAGAUUACAAUGCUUACAAUUUAGUGAAUGACAUUGCUUUAAUAAAAAUAGAGCCAGAUUUGAAAGGGUGCAUUUCAACCAAUGAAAACAUCAUGCCUAUAUGCGUACCCUGGUCCGAUUACCUAUUCAGACCUAACAAGACAUGCACGGUGUCUGGCUGGGGUCAAGUUGAAGAGAGAAAAAAAGUAACUUUUCUACGCUGGGCUGAACUCAAACUUAUGGGAAACUGUUCAAGCAUUUAUGCAUCAAAAUUUUUUGAAGGAAUGGAAUGUGCAGGCACAGAUAGUGGAACAGUUGAUUCCUGCAAAGGUGAUUCUGGAGGUCCCCUGAUCUGCAUUGAUGAAAGACAUGAGGCUUAUGUAUGGGGCAUUGUUAGUUGGGGGGAAAAGUGUGGAUUACGUGGGUUCCCUGGAGUCUACACCAAAGUGUCCCAUUACUUUGAAUGGAUAAAACGCCAUGUUCGAAGGUCUCUUAUUACCAAGUAUAAUCUCUGAAUGUUCAAAAGCUGCUCUGUUAGUGCCUGCUCUGACAUUUCUUGCAAUAAAUGCAUCAUUUUAAAGCAA